AUGCCCAAACUAGAGGGUGGCAUGGGUUUCCGGAACCAUCAUGAUUUCAACCUUGCUUUACUUGCUAAACAAAGCUGGAGAUUGCUUAUAGAGCAAAAUUCUUUUUGGGCUUUGAUUAUGAAGAGCAGAUACUUCCCUUCUUGUAAUUUCCUCAAAGCUAGCAAAGGGGCUCGUGCUUCUUGGGCGUGGGCAAGCAUGCUAGAGGGCAGAGAAGUGAUCAUUAGGGUGUUGCCAGACGGUCUGCUCCAUCCUAUUAAUGAUGAGUUAGUGGACGAGAAUGUUUUUGUGUCUGAAAUUAUUAACCCCAUCACAAAGAGUUGGGACUUAUCAAAUCUCAAUGGUAGAAUCUCGGACCAGGAUGCUCGAAGGAUAAAAGCCAUGCCUGUGGGAGGAGGUUGCGAAUCUGAUCAGUUGGUUUGGCCCUUCAGUGUGUCUGGCUACUACUCUGUCAAAAUCGGGUAUUACUCGAUUCAUCCUUGCUACCAUCCAAAUCAUAGGCACAUGCGUGCCUCGGGGUCUCACUGUGUUUCUAAGAAGGUGUGGAAGCUAAUUUGGUGUUCCCCGCUAAUUCCAAAAAUAAAAAACUUUAUGUGGCGUGCGGUUAAAGGUUGCCUCCCCACAAAGGCUCUUCUCUUCCAUAGGCAUUUGGGAUCAUCCCCUUUGUGCCCGGUCUGUGAAAAUGAGCCGGAAACAAUUGAGCACUUAUUGCUAUAUUGUAUUUGGACUCCCAGUGUCUGGUUUGGAAGCUUGCUAUGUUACUGA